GGCAUCCGGCCGGCAUUUUUAUCCUCAUUACUCUCGUGCGUGGUGGCAGAAUUUUGUGUUGUGCUCAAUUAAAAUCUAAUCGUAAUUUUAACAUCCUUUUAUUUGUUUAUAUUUAAUAGUCAGUACGAGAUUUUUAUUGAAAUUACACGUUUUAAUUGCAAUAUAGCCUAAAACGGAAACGGAACGACAGCACGAGAUAGAAAAAGACAGAAGUAGGUUUCUCGCCACCCUUUGUCGCCACCGUAUCUCGCCAUCCUUUGUCGCCACCAUUUCUCGCCAUCGUUUCUCGCUACCGUUUCUCUCAAGGAUUGUUUUAAAACAUUCUCGAGUGAAAUUAAUUUGUUUGUAAUGACCAUUAUGGUCAUCGUCAACUGUAUAUGAUCGCCAGCGUUUCUCGCCACCGUUUCUCGCAACCAUUUCUCGCCACUCUUUGUCGCCACCGUUUCUCGCCACCAUUUCUUGCCACCGUUUCUCGCCAUCGUUUCUCUCAAGGAUUGUUUUAAAACAUUCUGGAGUCAAACUUGUUUGUAAUUCCUUAUGGUCAUCGUCAACCAAAAACGAUCGCCACCGUUUCUCGCCACCGUUUCUCGCCACCGUUUCUCGCCACCGUUUCUCGCCACCCUUUCUCGCCAUCGUUUCUCGCUACCGUUUUUCUUUCAAGGAUUGUUUUAAAACAUUCUCGAGUGAAAUUAAUUUGUUUGUAAUGACCAUUAUGGUCAUCGUCAACUGUAUAUGAUCGCCAGCGUUUCUCGCCACCGUUUCUCGCAACCAUUUCUCGCCACUCUUUGUCGCCACCGUUUCUCGCCACCAUUUCUUGCCACCGUUUCUCGCCAUCGUUUCUCUCAAGGAUUGUUUUAAAACAUUCUGGAGUCAAACUUGUUUGUAAUUCCUUAUGGUCAUCGUCAACCAAAAACGAUCGCCACCGUUUCUCGCCAUCCUUUGUCGCCACCGUUUCUCGCCACCGUAUGUCGCCAUCCUUUGUCGCCACCGUUUCUCGCUACCGUUUCUCGCCACCUUUUCUCGCCACCUUUUCUCGCAACCGUUUCUCGCCAUCGUUUCUCUCAAGAAUUGUUUUAAAACGUGUGGAAUAUUUGCCAGGAAUAUUCGCAACAACACUUUUAGCACGAGAAAAGAAGCUAUUCAAGUUGUUGAAAAUCUUCUCAACAACAAUGAUUGCGACAUUGCCGAAUUUAGUAAUUUUCUGAAUCCCCAAGAAAAGUUGAAUUUUCAAAACAUGAAACGAGACGUGAACGACGAUGGUGAGGAAGAUGAUCGCAAUUCUGAAUGGACAAAAUUCAUUCCAUUCAUGAUACGUGUUCAACAAUACUUUCACGACAACAAUAUUCACAAUUUUGUUCUUGUACCGCAAGCUCAACUCGGCAUUGCACAUGUAUUGUAUUCCAAUACAGGUCUGGAAGAUUUAAAGAGGGGUGCCGAGCAGGAUGUAUUUUUGAAAAAAGAAUUGCAGAUAAGGCGGCAGUCAAUUCCUUUUCAACAGAAGCAACUUCAAAUCAAAGAGGCAAAAACUUGCAAGAAUGUAGAAAUCAAUCGAUUUUUACAAAUCAAGAAUAAAAUUCAAAGAUGGGAGUACAUGUUUGACAUUUCCAGCGCGGAAAGGGGCAAAGUUGGUGCAUUUGCUGAAGUGAUGACAACAAAUGGCGUCGAUGCUUCAAUAAUAUUUAAUGUUCCAAAAAUGGAAUCUGUUAAAGAAAAGGAAGGCCCUGCUUCGGAAACUCGUUUCAAAGUCUUUUAUGGUUUCGAUCCCGGCAAGAAGGCGACAUUGGGUGGUGUAAGAAGAGUUCGUAGUGCACAACCGUCAAUGGAAGACAAAUUGAAGGAUAAUCACAUUUAUUUAAAGAGCAGCAGUUUUCGUUGGCAGAUGAAUGAUUUCAGAAGAAGGGAAAGGAAAAAGGAAUUUGGUCUAGAUCUUCAAAAAUAUUACAAACAGUACGUGCUUAAAAUUCCAGAAAAAAUGGCCAAUUUUUCAAAAACCAAUUCGCGAGAUUACAAGAGAAUCAUCGAGUAUAAGCUGAAUCUAUUCCAAAGAUUUCAAGAGUUGCACGAGCAAAAAUGUGUGGUGCGAUUAAAAAUGGACAAAUAUGUUUCGUGUCAGAGGGAAUGUGAAAAAUUGGUGAAUUUCCUAAUUGGAGACACUUUUCAAAAACCUUGUUUUGUGGCUUUUGGUAAUGCAUCAUUACCAAACUUUACACGUGGCUACGUUGGUACAGCGUUGAAUCAAUUGAAGAGAACGUUUGUUAAUCGAGCAAAACAACUUGGUGACAAACGCUUGAAAUUCGUCAAAGUAAAUGAGUAUCACACGACUGCGCUGUGCAGCAAUUGCUGCUUUGAUGUGAUAAAAUCCAAGAGUCCUCACAGAUUUCUGCAGUGUAAUAAAUGCCGCACUACCUGGGAACGUGACAUUAACGGUGGACGAAAUAUUCUAAACGUGGGACUCAUCGAUGAGGGAAUAAUCCCCAAGGAAGCACCAUUUGACGAAGCCACUUUCCGUUAUAGGAAAAAUUAAAUUUUCUAGACGUUUUCAUCAUUCGACGCCUUCCUUAUUGUCGUUAUCGUCGCAACUUCGUUAACUUUGUUUGUUCACCGUCUUCAUCAACAAAUCAACGAUUCAAAAAAAAAAAAAUUAUAUUCGCGCCUGGCAGCCCUCGAGGAAGUGGGGACACUCUGUUCUGCACCCUAGAGGCGGCAUAUCGGGUCUUCAAGUUUACUUGAUUGCAAGCUUUCAUGCGUACUGGCCCCUUAUGGCUAAAUAAGGGGAGAAGGGACCUCCUCAUUAAUUCUUAUUAUCACUAUUGAUAAGAAUCAAUAAUGAGGAGAGGGAUUUUUUUAAUUUUUCUUAACGUUUCAUUUUUUCAAUUUUUAACAAUUUUAAAUUACUCUAUUUCAUUUUUCUUUAACAACAGUUUUUUACCAUAGUUUUUCUUUUUUUUAUUUUAAAAUUCAAAUAAUAUUUCUAUUUUAUAUUCAAUCCAAACAUAACCCUAACAAGUAGCAUAAAGUCCCACUUAAAAAUUUCAAAAAAAUAACACUUGUCCUUCAAACAUUUUUUAUGUUAAUAGUUUUUUUCAAACUAACUAUCUAAAUUUUUUGUUUUUAAAUCACUUUAGUACGUAUUAUCAUGAAUAUAUACAUAUUUGUAGGAAGAAAUUAAAUUAUUCCAGUAAUUAUUAAAUUAUUUUUCUAGUAUUUGUACUGAAAAUAAUAAAGCGAAUAAAUUCUAUCCAAUUUCACUGUC